AUGACCACGGUACCUGUCAUCGGCGCCUCUGGCAAGGUAGGCGCGCAAGUUGUUCAGGAGCUUGAUGCCAAUCACGAAGGCAUCCACGUACGUUUAGCGACUAGCCGCGCCGAGACCGCUGAACAGUGGCGCCAACAAGGACGACAAGCCGUCAUUCUCAAUCUCGACGACCCGAACACAUUACCAUCAGCAUUGCAAGGUAUCGACAGGCUCUUUAUGGUUACUGGCUACACGGUAGACAUGCUGUACCAAAGCAAGAUGCUUAUCGAUGCGGCCGCAGCUGCUGGCGUUAUAAUAGUAUAG